CAUUGGCCCCUGAUAAGCAAGCUGGGCUGCUGAGUCACUGGGCACACAAGUGGACAAUUUCAGUGACUUGCAAAUACCACUGAUGUCUCUCAAAUUGUUCUGACAAAGCGGAUCUUAGAGCUUCGCUGUGGAUCAUUUAGACUUUUCUGUAUACCGCAUUUAAGUCUGUUUUGUUUAUUUUGUGUUGUUUCAAGAUUAAACUCUCAUUGGGCUGUUCAGAAUUUUGAUCCGUGUGGCCCAUGUUUGGAUGAUGUUUUGAUGAACUGGUGGGUCUGGACAUAACUCAGCUGGUCUUAGAACAGAGUAGGACUUUGGUUCUGAACAAGUUCUGGACCGUAAAGUUUUUUGAAGGUUUGAAGACUUUAGAUUUGCUUUGUUUAAAAUGGACAGUGGUUCUGCUGGUGCUGGGAAUCAGCUGCUCCAUGUGGACAUCUAUAUCAAUGAGCACGAACCUCGUAGAGGAAUCCUGGACCUCCUCAGCAGACUCCGUCCUCACUGGAAGGCAAAGGACAUUCAGAUGAAGACAUUCACAGAAGGCAUCACCAACCAGCUGAUUGGCUGCUACGUGGGCUCUUUGCAAGAGCCUGGUUGUGUUCUGGUGCGACUGUAUGGCAGAAUGACAGAGCUCUAUGUGAACAGGGACCGGGAGGUGGAGAUGUUCCAGGUCUUCCACGCCCACGGGUGUGGUCCACAGAUCUACUGCAGCUUCCAGAAUGGCAUCUGCUAUGAGUUUGUUAGAGGAGCAGUGCUGGAUGACGAGCUGCUCCGGCAACCCUCCAUCUACAGAUUGAUCGCAGCAGAGAUGGGGAGAAUCCACUCUAUCCAGCCAAAAUGUGGUCUGCCUGUUGAACCUCUACUCUGGACAAAAAUGUCUCACUUUCUCACACUGGUGCAGAGCAGUAUCAGCAGCCGCCCAAAGAGUCCUGUGGCUCUGCGAGAGGUGCCCAGCUUUGAGACUUUGUCAUUUGAAAUGGAUUCAUUGAAGAGACACCUCUCGCAGAUUGACUCACCAACUGUCCUCUGCCACAACGACCUUCUGACAAAAAACAUCAUCUACAAUAACAAAGAGGGAAUGGUGAAAUUCAUUGACUACGAGUACGCCGAUUACAACUACCAGGCCUUCGAUAUUGGCAAUCACUUCAAUGAAUUUGCUGGUGUGAAUGAUGUUAACUACAGCCUCUACCCGAGCCGGGAGCUGCAGAGGGACUGGCUGAUGGCCUAUCUGGAGAGUUACAAGCACAGCACAGGACAUGAGGUCACUGUUACAGAGGCAGAAGUUACGCAGCUCUACAUUCAAGUCUGCAAAUUCUCACUGGCAUCCAACUUCUUUUGGGGUCUGUGGGCCAUCCUACAGUCACGGUACUCCUCGAUUGACUUUGACUUCCAAAGAUAUGCCAUGGCACGACUCAACUACUACUUUGAGAAGAAAGAGGAAUAUUUUGGAUUGACAAUGAGCUAGAAACAAAGGAUAAAGGACCAACAUUUUUGAAAUCAGAAGUAGCAUUACCCUGCUCUGUGAAUCCAAGAAGAGUUUUCAGUGAUGUGACCAAAGUCCUUCUUUGUCACAUCGUACAAACUAUGUAAAUCCACUGUGGAAAUGAAGGCUUAGAAUAAGCUUCUAAAUGUGCUCUCCAUUGUUUGUUUUUUCAGGCGAAUGAGUUAAUAAGUUUUGCUAUCACUGUGAUUUUUAAAAUAUUUGUUUUACCACAGUCAGUAUGCCGAUAAGCCCAUUUGGCAAAUUGAGAUGAAGCUCGUGCCAGAAACACAUUAAUUGUUCCCACAUUUAGCCGAGUCUCAUAAAGCCACAAAAACUGAGUCUGAUCAUAAAACCCAUAAGAGGGUUAUUUGCAUGCUUAUUCAGUGUGUACCACAGUUCUGAUGGAAAACAAGUUUCCAUUUCAACUUAUGUACUGCAUCGAGUUGUGCAUUAUUUUAAAUUUUUCUCUUUCCUAAGGACUAUUGUUGUAAAGCUGCUGUCAAUGUGCCUUACAGGAUGAUGAUCAUACAGUAUAUUGCAAAUUUUAAAAUUUAUUGCAAAUGAAUCAAGUAUUUAAGUGCCAAGCAGUGUGUAAAAACAGUGUAAAACAGUGUUUGAUUCUGAAAUAAGUCUGUGGAGCAAUAUAUAAACCAUGUCACAAAUUGGUCCUAAUUUUAUUAGGCAGUGAAAUAGCCAGAGAGUCAGCCAUUUGUCCAAAUUACAAAGCGGUUUCAGCUCCCAAAAAAUAUGCCCAAACUCACUGUAAAAGCAUCUUUGCUCACUGACAGACUGAAAGUGCUGCUACUACACUUCUGUUUGGUUGCACCUCCAGCAUCAUAGAAAAGCAAACACAACAGCAUCUUAUAAAAUUAAAUGGGUAUGUGUGACUUACUGGUGCAACUUAACUAUAAUACUGAUUAUUAUGCUUUCACAACUAAAUUAAAUUUACAUUUACUUUAUGAGCUGCAGUUAAUUUUUUGUUGUUGCAGUUCUCUGAAAAGCUUUCCUUGAAGGACAAUGUAACUACAAGCACAAUUUAUUUAUUUUUCAUUACUUUUUACACUAUGGCUUACAACUAUGGGGACAUACUGUCAGUGUCUCAAAUAUUCACUAAAUCAGUAACCUAAUAAGUGUUUAAUAUUCAGAUCAAUGUAUAAUGCAAAAAUGGACAAUGUACAGCAUAUAUAAUGUAUUAGUAUAAUUUAAUCUUUAAUGUCUUUCUGAGCUAGAAGAGAUUUGAUUUGUUUGACACUUACAUUCUAUCCUGUGGUUGGCCAGACGUGUCUGUCAAGGGAAGGGCACUGUAAAACAUCAUACAGGAAUUUAGUGGAAGCUUUUCUCAUUAAGUUAACAGAAAUAUAUAAGUUUUAUUAAUUUCAAGUUAAAUUUAAAAUUUCUAGUUUUUAUUUUCUUAUAAAUGUGGGUUCACCUGACUUUAAGUACUUGAAAUGAUAAGUUGAAUGAAUGUACCGCUGAGUUCACUUAACUCAUCAAAUUAAGUUUCUAAAGAAACAUCAUCAGCAUAUUAGACUUCCCAGCAUGCAUUGUUUGAGAGUUAAAACUCUCCAGAGACUCUUCUUUUUUGUAGUUUGAAGAAAACAUAAAUGAUGGAAAUUUGCUGUGUGUCUUUAACACAUGUUAAGAUAAGUCAUGGUUGUUUGCUUACCACGAUGAAAGUUAGUAUCGAAUUCAGUCCCUACCCCUGUGCUUAUGAUUUGAUAGGUUCACUGGGAGCAGCCUUGCAGGUUAUGUUUGUAUUUAAGUGGCUCCAACACCAGCCACAACAUUUGUGGCAAAUGAAGAACUAACAGUUAUUGAUUCAACUAAAUAUCUGACAAAUCUUGUUGUUGAUUUUAUUUAUUUAUUUUAACUCAUGAGAAAACUUUGAACUAAUGAUUUAACUUUAGUUCAGUUAACUCACCUUUUGAACGCAGGAGGAAAACUUAGGUUUUUAAGUUGAACCAUCUUUAAAUGAUUUACAGUGUAGGAUGCCUUUUCCACCACAGACAUUUUGAUUUGUCAUAGCAGGAAAAGCACAGGUAUAAUUAAUAACAUCAAGGAUGGCUCUGUUCCAUUUAGUUUCAUUUAGGUAUGCUAGGAAGCUAGCAAGCAUACCUAGGCCCUAGAAUUGAAAUAUGUACUGUAGCUACAAUUAAUAUAGUUUAACCUGUGCUUUUCCUGCUAUGACGUGUCAAAAUAUUUGUCAUGAAAAAGGCAUAUAGUAUCAGAAUAGUAGCAGAUUAAUAAUAUUAUUCUGACCACAUAAAGUUCAAGAUCGUGCCUGAAAACUGCAGCAGUUUUCUGCCCUACCAUAUGUGAUCCAGUAUACAGUACAUUUACCAUUUGAACAAACAUGUAUGUGUUCAAACUUUGCAGUGCUGAAUCAGGUGGAGGUGUCAUGGCUCUGAAAUUGCCUGAUGAACAUAUAGUAAAGCACAUAGACAAAGAUUCACACCACCAGUAUUUUGAUCAGAUGAUGCCAAUGUACAGUAAAAAUCAUAUUACUCAUGUUGAAGCUGAAUGUAUACAAUGCUCCAUUUGUUACUGAAAUGCAAUUACUAAUGAUUAAGUAAUUUAUCUUCUAAAUAAAAUGGCUGCAAAGGAA